GCGGCAGGCUUCCGCAAGAUCGGCUUCGGGCAGUGCGGGUUGGUCUUUGAGCGGCCGACCUUCGACUACGCCGUCAAGGUCGCGCGGCCCGGCUUCGCCGACGCCCUCGCCACAGACCACGGCGCACACGUCAGGGUCUACGCCGCGUUCAAUGCACCACCAUCAUCACCAUCCCCACAGCCUCUCGAAUGCCGCGUCCCUAGCGUCGUGUCCUUCCUCCUGCACGACACCAGCAACAGCAAAACCUGGUGGACAACACACGCGCACCUCUUCCCAGCCUCAACCACAGACGACACCACAUUCCCGCUCCCCGCCGCAGCACUGCUCACACAACGCAUCCCGGCGCUGCCCAAAUGCGCCCGCGACGCGCUGGUCACACUCUACUGUCCGCCCGCCGCGCAGGCUGCCGUGCGCGCGAGCCCGACGAACCGCGACUGCCUGGCGCGCAUCUAUUUGGGAAGGCGGCGGGGGAGCCAAGUGCCCGCUGCCAACUUCACGCUGCGCAACUUCAACCUGCACCUCGACCAGAUGCUUGAUUUGGGGCUGCCGGUGGCACAGUACGCGGCGGCCGUCGGCGCGGCGCUGGCUGCCAUGCACUGGGGCGCCAAUGUCGACGGGUACGAUGUGGAGUUUGUGCUCGGCGGUGAUGAUCAGAGUAGAACGGCGGCGAGGAUCUGGGUCCUCGACUUCAACCUUUGCACGGCCUGGGACGAGGCCGUUGCCGUGGCGCACCCGGAUGCGCUAGUCGCGCAGUUGGUCGUGGCGUUCUUCGAGAACGAUCCGUAUUUCCCGCUACCCCUAGCCGAGCAGGCGGAUGAUUGUGUGUUGUGGCAUGUUUUCUAUGCAGAGUAUCGGAGCGCUGCGGCGAGGGUGCUCGAGGGUAAGCCGCGCGAGCUGGCGGCGCUGCCGGGGAGGUUUCUUGAUGCGUGUGUGGAGAGGGAG